GUUAUCGAUUAAAAACAAACGUGAUUUGGCUAUAUAUUCAUUAAAAUAAUAAAUUUUUUGGUAUAUACCAGUUCAUCAAAAUAGUCAAAUAAAUACCCCAGAAGUGGGAAAAUAUAUAUUUUUUUGGAACCAUGUUGAAAUUACUCUUUGUACUUAUUUGGUUGAUAACAGAGAGCAACUCUAGUGCGCCGAUAAUAUCAAUACGGGAUGGUAAGAUCAAAGGGGAAAUAUAUAUUACAAGUAAUACCAAAUCAUAUUACGGUUUCCGAGGCAUACCAUAUGCUCGUCCACCUGUUGGAAACUUACGAUUUGAGAGCCCUCAGAUGCCAGAACCUUGGGAAGGAACCUUAAACGCCCAAAACGACUCCAAAUCGUGCAUUACCAGUUUCUACAUUUUCAACGAGAAUAAAGAGAGCGAGGACUGUCUCUACGUUAACGUCUAUACUCCUACGAUACAGGAAAAUGCCAAACUUCCCGUAAUGUUCUGGAUCUACGGAGGAGAUUUUAUCACAGGCAAUUCGAGCAAAAACUAUUACGGUCCCGAUUUCCUUAUAGAAAAAGACGUGGUUUUAGUUACUUUUAAUUAUCGCUUAGGCCCUUUUGGGUUUAUUGCUACCGGAGAUGCCAUUUUGCCUGGAAAUUAUGGAUUAAAAGACCAAAAUCUAGCCUUACAGUGGGUGCGGGAAAACAUCGCUUAUUUUGGUGGCGAUCCGAAUAAAGUGACCAUUUUUGGCCAAAGCGCCGGAUCCGCUUCUGUCUCUUUUCAUCUUUUAAGUAAAAAAUCAUCCGGUUUGUUUAGGGCGGCAAUAAUGGAAAGCGGAUCGGCGUUGGACAUGUGGGCGAUCAAUCGUGAUCCGAAGUCUUACGCCCUAAAGUUGGCUUCAGAUGCAGGAUAUGAUGGAAGUAACGUUACAACGGAAGUGAAGGAGUUUCUUAAACGGAAAUCCGUUUCGGAUAUCGUAGAAGUCACCGAUUGGAUUAAAUUAAAUUGGCCAGUGAAAGAGGUGGAGCAUGCAGACGCCUUCAUCCAGGACCUCAAUUAUGAAUUAUUCAAAAACGGAAAUUUUAAUCGCGUCCCCACGAUCAUCGGCAUGUGUUCCCAAGAAUCUUUGGCAUUUCUUCUUCAACCAAUUGUUGCUAUGUUGGAAGCCCUGAUUUACGAUAAUACACAGGAGCUUCUGCUGCCCAUAGACUUCGCUUCUAAGAAAAAUAACACGAAUGAAAUAAUAAAAGAAAUAAAAAGUAUAUAUUUGCAGGAGAAUGAUACAUUUAGUCAGAAUUUGACUUCGUAUGCUCAGUUUAUUACAGACACAUUUUUUACCAGGGGAAUAUUGAAACAAGCAGAACUACAAUCGUGGUUUAAUCCAGUGUAUUUAUAUCAGUUUUCAUACGAGGGACGUACCACUUUAAAAGGGUUCAUAAAGGGUGCCGGACAUUCCGCAGAACUGCCAUUCCUAUUCAAAAUGAGCAAUAUCGCCUGGAACGACACAGAUACCCAAAACGUUUUAAUCCAAGACCAAAUGGUCAGGAUGUGGACCAAUUUUGCGAAAUAUCUUGAUCCAACGCCUGUAAAGUCUGAGUUAUUUAGUAACAUUACCUGGACCAGGUUUAACCCGCUGUUUUAUAAUUAUUUAAACAUUGAUAGUACGUUGCGAAUGGGAUUUUUUCUACGUCAGCCGGCUUUUGGAAAAUGGAAGAGGAUUUUUGAGGAAUAUGCGCUACAGCCCUAUAACACUUUUUAGCCAUAAUUUAGUGUACGAUUACUUGCAGUAUUAUUAUAGUUAGGUCUUAAGUUGUGAGUCUUGUGAACAAAAAUCAUAAAUACUUAAUAAAACUUUUUUUUGAUAAA